UUUCAGGCAAAUUUUGUGCUGAAAUAUGAAAAGGUGGAGAAAACUGUGCAACAUUUAGUUACCCUUCAUAAUGAUAUCCCUGAUUAAGUUCAGUUGUCAUCUGUGCUAAAACAUGGCAUCUUUUUUAACGUCAUUAUAUGUAUUAAAUUUUAAACAAGUGGAGGUUGUACAUAACCGUGAGGUUGACUGUAUCAAAUUAUGUGAAAAAGAUUUGUGUUCUCAGGGUCCUUACAGGAAUGCUAAAAGGGAAUACUUUUUAAAUAAAUGUAGUAAAUGUAAGCAGCAGUACAGAAAAAAGGAUGUAAAAUACAUUAAUAAAUUGUUCAUGUCUUACAAAUGUCUGUAUCUAUCAUGGGAUAUAAAUCAACCUUUGAUUAUGUUUUUUAGCAAUGGAACAAUUGUUAGUGUUCAAUUAAAUAUUGGAAAUAACACUGUGGAGAAAAUUGAGAUUGAUGAUAACUUAAAUGGAAAAUUAUUUCCAAGUAAAGUAGUUGAUGUUGUAAUCUGUCAGAGCUGCAUAUUUAUUACAUAUUCAGAACCAAAGCUAGCAGUCAUCUACAUGAACCAAAGUUCACCAUCAUUUUCUACUAAAAUAUUUGGUAAGAAACGAGGAAAGUUAGUAGGCCCUGAACCAAAAAUAAUAACUGUAGAUUUGAUAGGACCUUGUAGUAAGAGCUUGGAACGAAAACUCUCUUUAAAUUUGCAUAAUGAUCAUUUGCUAGUUUGGUGGAGAUUCUCUGAUGAUGAUGUUUGGUCAUGGACGCCUGUUGCUUAUUCAACGGAACGUGUCAAUAUGCUUAUAUAUUCUUUAAAUGAUGGCAUAGAAAUAUUAUGUACUGUAAAAGUAAAUGGUGAACUUAUCCAUGCUAUUUACAGCAAGCAGAAUUUUAACCAAAUUCUGACUUUGGAAGAAGUAAAGUGUAAAACAGAAAGGAACAUCAACGUUUGCAUUUAUGAAGUUGUUCAAAAUCAGUGUCAUCAUAUAUUUGUAGCUAAACUUCCCAUGCAUGGCAGUCUCAUUUCAUUUGAUUGGAGUUCAACCGUAGAUAAAUUAAUUGUAUCUGACUCUAAUAGAUUACUUUUAAUAUAUGAUUUAAGAGAAAAAUCUACUAUUGUAACUUAUUUGUCAUUUCUUCCUAAGGAGAUAAGCUGGCAUCCUGAAAACUGUUUAGCAAUAAUAGUUGGCACAGCUAAUGAGAUUCAGUGUUUUGAUGCAGUUUUAAACAGUAUUAGCUUUGAAAUGUAUUAUAGCAAAACGGUGCACAAUAUUAUAGACUUGAAUUCCUUUUUCCUGCAUCAUUUUACUCCUCAAAAGGUAUUGUGGCAGAAGUCUAUUUUAAACAAUUCAUGUUUGGUUAUGCUAGAUUCUGAAUUAUCAUCAUUUGUAUUUUUAAAAUUUUCCUUUGGUAGCAUUACAAGAAAUCAUAUUUCUGCAUUGGAACUGGUUAGUCAGUAUUUAAAAUGCAAUUGUAUUGAUAGAGCAAUUUUAAUGAUGAGAAGUUUGAGCUGGUGUCAUGAAGGUGAACUUUUAUUUCAUUGUCUAUCUAAAAUAGCUAACUUUUUACUCAGAAAACCUCUAGAUCCUCAAACACGGUCAGGUUUAGAAUUAGCUUUAGGAACAUUUUAUAACUGUGUCGAUAUAUUACCAGAAAGAAUUAUUAAAAUGUAUGAGUACAAAAUCCAUCACAUAGCAAGGCGCUUUUUUCAUCAUUUGUUACGUUACCAUCAAUUUAGAACAGCAUUUUCACUGGCAUUGAAUUUAGAAUCUCAGGAUUUAUUUCUAGAUCUUGGCCAUGUAGCUAAACAGAAAGGGGAAAACAUAUUAGCUCUUGUUGCAUUUCACAAGGCAGGGAUAUUAGACUCAUCUCAAGAUAGCUGCUCUGCAGCAUCUACUGCAUCUGAUUGCAAUACAGAAUGUUCCUCAUCUUCAGAUAAAGAAAGUGGUGAUGACAAUCAGAGUAAAGUUCCUAUAAUAAAACCUUCUGGCUCCUCUACACAUCAGUACUGGAUACCAUCUGCAAAAGAACCAAAAGGAGCUAGUAAUUGGUUACCUAUAGCUAGAGAAAGUGAACAGGAUGAUGCAACAUUAACUGAUAAAUCUGGUGUUUCUAAGGUUUUAGGUCAUUCAAUUUGUAAUUACAUCGAGCCACUUUCACCAAAGGAUGUAUACCAUGACUCAUUUUCUCUGUCAGACUCUUGUGGCAAAAAACAGCAGAUAUCUUCAGCUUUGGAUUCUAAAAUAUCAUCUGAUAUUCCUUCAUCUGAAUAUUUUACUAAAGAGCCUUCUUUAUGUGAUACUUAUAACACAGCCCAUUUAGAAAAAGCCUACUGUGCAUCUAAGACACCAGUAUCUGCAGAGCAUGAAAUGGAUUUGCUUGAUGCAAAUAAAAUUUUAGAGGAUAGAAAUGAUGAUGUUGAGGAUUGUGGAAUUAAGUUAGAACACUUUGGUAUUAUAUGAACUCUAAAUUUUUCACAUUUCAAUGUGCUAUUUUCAUACUGUGUUCUACUUUAUCUACCAUUCAAAAAUAUAGUUAUCGGGAGGAAUGAAACAUUAAUGUAUUGUUUUCUAGAAUUGAAAGCCUUAAUUCUUGAAAGGAGUUAAAAGCUAAUGUGUAUUCAUUCCCUCAUUCUUGCUAAACAUUCUCAAUUUAAAUAUGAACAUUUGUCAAACCAUCUGUAUUUCAGUUGUUAGUUUUAUGGAAACUCUAGGAUUAUUUUGUAUUCAUUAAAACAGACUUGACUGAGCCACGCUAUAUAAUGUGGCAAGAAAAAAUACUCUUCAUAAGAGUGAAAAAAGAACAUAAAUUUAUUUACAGAAAGUGCAGGUUUGUUAGUAGUUAUGGUUUCACAUAUCGCUGUCUUAAAGGGAGACACCGUUGCCAAUGUUCUGCAGCUAAGUAUUGACAUCAAAAGGUAUGGCUCAUCAAUAGCCAACAGUUAGCUUUCUGUAUAAUUUGAUAAUUUAUAAGGUAUGGUGUAUGUGGAAGGGUGACAUUAAUAUUAAAUGCAUAUCUUCUUU